UUCUUCCUCUCCUCUCUAACUCAUUCCUGGUCCCGCUCACUUUUGUUUUUUGAAGGAGUGUUUUUGUGAGGAGAGGAAUAAAACAUCCCCACCACCAUCCCCUUCUGUUCCUCAUAAUUAACAAUUUCUCAAAACACACUCAGAAACAAGAAAAUAACCAAAACCUUUGAGAUGCAUGCACAACACAAAUCCCCAAAGACAUACCCGACACUUGCCCAGGUAUUAGAAGAAGUAAAGAGAAUGACAGACAUAGGGUUCCCGAUAUCAGCCAUGAGCCUUGUGGGGUACCUUAAAAACUUGACCUUAGUUGUGUGCAUGGGAAGGUUGGGAAGUCUGGAGUUAGCUGGAGGCUCUUUGGCCAUAGGUUUCACCAACAUAACUGGUUACUCUGUCCUCUCAGGUCUAGCCAUGGGCAUGGAACCCCUCUGCACCCAAGCCUUCGGUUCUAGAAACUUCUCCUUACUCUCUCUAACUCUGCACAGAACAAUUCUCAUGUUACUUCUAUUUUCCCUUCCCAUUUCUCUUCUGUGGCUCAACCUCCAACCUCUCAUGCUUUUCCUUCGUCAGAAUCCAGACAUAACACAUGUAGCAACCCUCUAUUGCCGCUUCGCUAUCCCAGACCUCAUAGCCAAUAGCUUCCUCCACCCUCUUCGCAUCUAUCUACGCAGCAAAGGAACAACUUGGCCACUGCUGUGGUGCACUUUACUUUCCAUUCUUCUACACCUUCCCACCAUCACCUUUCUAACCUUCAAACUCCACCUUGGCGUGCCGGGAAUCGCUGUUUCAUCCUUCGUUGCCAAUUUCAACAACCUUUUCUUCCUUCUUCUGUACAUGUUCUAUACACGCGUUCCUGAGGAGUCCUUACACGUGCCGUUACUACUGUCUCGUACCAUGUCACAUAAUAAUGUGAUAACAUGUGGUAGCAGUGGUAGUACUCUUGCCAUGGAAUGGGGUGUGCUAAUGAAAUUUUCAAUACAAAGUUGUCUGGCUGUUUGCUUGGAAUGGUGGUGGUACGAAUUGAUGACAAUUUCCGCAGGCUACCUCAACAACCCUCGCGUUGCUCUAGCCACGGCUGGCAUAGUGAUACAAACCACAUCUCUUUUGUACACUUUGCCAACAGCACUGAGUGCAUCGGUGUCAACGAGAGUAGGGAACGAGCUUGGGGCGGGGCAAGCUGAAAGAGCGAGUUUGGCAACGGUGGUAGCGAUUGGAUUGGCACUAGCAAGCUCAAUUUUUGGUUUAUUGUGGACCACUAUGGGAAGAGAAAAGUGGGGGAGAAUGUUCACCAGUGAUGGUGAGGUGCUGCAACUGAGUAUGGCAGUGUUACCUAUAAUUGGAGUUUGUGAGUUAGCGAAUUGUCCACAAACCACAAGCUGUGGAAUCCUGAGAGGAAGUGCUAGGCCUGGUGUUGGGGCAGUGAUAAACUUUUGCUCCUUUUAUUUGGUGGGAGCACCGGUAGCCAUUGUUUUGGCCUUCGUUUGGAAACUUGGGAUGGUGGGGCUGUGUUAUGGGUUGCUGGCAGCACAGAUCGCAUGUGUGGUGUCAAUUUUCGUUGUGGUGUACAAAACUGACUGGGAAAUGGAGUCAUUGAAAGCCAGAAGCUUGGUGGGAAAGGGUGUGUGUGGCACUUUCGCAUUUCAUCAGGACCAGAUUACGGUCAAAUGUGAGGAACCUGUUGUCUUUCUCAAAGACAACAACUCAGAAAAGUGAACAAGUUACGCCCCUGAUAUACACCAGAAACAAAGCGUUUCUGGAACCAAACUUCAACCCAAAAUUAUGAUUCUUUUAGUAUUGGAAAACAGAUUGUUUUCACACCCCAAAUCUUGCAUCCUUCCCCAUGAAUAAGGAAGGCGGAGGAUCCAAGAUUUUAGAGCGUGAAUUUUUAUUUUUUUUACUGUGAUUAUACGUAUGCAUUUGCAUAACCAAUGUUGAU